UCAGCUACAAUGCUGGGAUCAGCGCGUGCGAGAAGAGUGGGCAGUGGCAGCAGGCGUUAUCGUUGCUGUUUAGCGGGAUGGGAUAUGCGUCUGUGGAUCCAGAUGUCGUCAGCUUCAGUGCUGGUGUUAGCGCAUGUGAGAAAGCGGGGCAAUGGCAGCAGGCUCUGUCGCUGCUCUUCGAAAUUGGGAUCGCGAGGUUGGAACCAAAUGUCAUCAGCCACAGUGCUGCUAUCAGCGCGUGCGCGGACGGUGGACACUGGCAGCAGGCAUUGGCGCUGCUUCGGGGGAUGA